AUGGAGAUAAAUGAAUGUCAAUCAGUUGAAAUUGAUGGAUGCAAAGAUAUUUUUCUUGGUCAAGUUGUGAAUAACAAAGAUGAAGCUUAUAACUUAUAUCAAGCACAUGCCUUCAAAACAGGAUUUAGUGUAAGAAAAGGGAGGGAGUUAUAUUAUGAUAAUGAGAGAAAAAUCACCCGUUUUAAAGAGUUUUACUGUUCCAAAGAAGGGUUUAAGAAUAAUGAAUAUGGAGGUGAAGUGGCUUAUGAAAGAGCUGAUUCAAGGGCAAAUUGCAAAGCUAUGGUGAGGUUUAAUGUUAGCAAGGAAGGAGUUUGGAAAGUUACAAAGUUUGUAUUAGAUCAUAAUCAUCAACUUGUACCUCCUGAACAAAGACAUUUGUUGCGGUCCAUGAGAAAUAUGUCAAAUGUCAAAGGAGACCUCAUAAAGUCUAUGGUGAAUUCUGGUAUACGAGUUACAAAUAUUUGGAAUUAUUUAGGGGAAGAGGUCGGUGGAUAUAACAAUCUUGGUAUAACAUUGAAAAAUAUGCAUAAUUAUGUCUACACUGAAAAGUUGAAAUUGAUUGAAGUUGGGGAUGCUCAAUCUUUAGUAAAUAACUUACAAAAUAGACAAGCACAAGAUCCUAUGUUCUAUUACAGUGUGCAGCUAGAUCAGGAAUCUCGUUUGACUAAUGUCUUUUGGAGAGAUGGUAAAUCUAAAGUUGAUUAUGAUUGCUUUGGGGAUGUUGUGAUAUUUGACACUACUUAUCGUACCAAUAAGUAUGACAUGAUCUGUGCCCCAUUUGUUGGGAUAAAUCAUCAUUGGCAAAAUGUCAUGUUUGGUUGUGCUUUGUUGUUGGAUGAAACUUCAAUUUCUUUUAAUUGGUUGUUUAAAGCAUUUUUAGAGAGUAUGGGAAACAAACAACCAAAAACAAUAUUUACAGAUCAAGAUCCAGCUAUGGGCAAAGCAAUUGGAGAAGUAAUGCCAAAUACACGUCAUCGACUGUGUUUGUGGCAUAUAUCAAAAAAUGCUCCUUCACAUUUGGGAUCUCUCAAUUCUAAUAACAAGUUUCAAAGCUUAUUUAAUAAAUGCAUGACAGGUUGUGACUCAGAAGAAGAAUUUCAAACCACUUGGGAUGAGAUGAUGAAUACAUAUCAACUUCAUGGUCACAAAUGGUUAAGAAGCAUGUAUGCAAUUCGCGGCAAAUGGAGCACGGCAUAUAGUAAUCAUGUAUUUUCUGCUGGUAUCAAAUCUUCUCAAAAAAGUGAGAGUACAAAUAGUGCUUUGGGAGAUAUUGCAGGAAAAACAACAUGUCUCACACAAUUUUUAGUGGCAUUUGAGAAGAUGGUGAGAAGGUGGCGACAAUUAGAGGUUGAGAACGAAUUCAAAAAUAGUCAGAGUGCGCCUCCUCGUGUUAUAAACAGUAGUGAAACUCUACGACAUGCAUCUGUGGUAUAUACUCACAAAAUCUUUACACUUUUUUUAAAUGAGUAUCUUAAUGGGGCAGGUGGAAGCACUUCCGUGGAGAUUGGUCGAUGUGAUCAUGUGUCAUAUCAUGAAGUUGUGUUAAACAUCAUCCCCAAUAAAAAGUAUAUCGUGGCUUUGGAUUCAUCCACUUCUAUGGUUAGCUGCAGUUGUCACAAGUUCGAAUCGAUGGGCAUUCUUUGCAGUCAUGCUUUGCGGAUUUACAAUAUUAAAGGUAUUUUAAAAAUACCUGACCAAUACAUCUUAACAAGAUGGUCAAAAAAUGCAAGGUCUGUGAUUUAUGAGCAUGUAAAUAAGAGUUCAGAAGAAGAUUCGACCUCCAAUUCAAUGUCUGAUGGUGAUGAUUCCGGUCUUCUUUACCGCAACGCUAUUCUGAAGUCUUUAUACAAUUUAGUUUUGGAAUCCCAGGAGGACAAAAAAGCACAAAAAAUCAUGUGGGAAUUGCUUGAUGUUGGAGUUAAGAGGGUUCGAGAAUGUGUCAGCAAACCUGACUUAAAUUCAACUAAAGAAAACAUUGAGAACAAUUUCUCACAAAAUGAGGAUAAUGAAAGCUGUACAAUUUUGAAUCCUCGUUUCGCAAAGACGAAAGGAAGGUCUAAGAAACGUAAUGAAGACUAUGUAAGUAAUUCUCAAGUGGGUGGAGUGGCAAAUGUUCAAAAUUGCACAAAUGAACAUUAUACAAAUGUUUAUCCUUCAUUUGAUGCAUCUCGACAGCAACAACAUCCUUCAAGUUGGGGUUUAAAUGCUACAUCAACUUCAUUUAGUAACUUGCUACAUGGAAUGAACUCGUUCAAUUAUUUCAGCCAGGAAUCUUGUAAUUUUGGUCAGAUACCUCCAAGUAGCAAUUAUCAAGGUAGACAAUGA